GCACACUGGAGGCUUCAUGCUCGGGAUACACUCUCUCUGCUGCACGGCUCCGCUUUCAGACGCUCAGACUCUUCUGCUGAGCGUGCGUCUACAUGAGCUGCCACGGAUUUUUGAAGAAACCUCUCGCCUCACUCAGGGACUACGAUCAGAAAAGUAUUUCCUGGAGUUAUCGUUUUUAUAAAGUGGAUUAAGAAAGACAUCUGGAACCCCAGAGACGUGUGGGUGGGGGAGCGGUCUUGAAUGGAUGAAUGAGUACUCAAGGAUGACUGGAUAAAAGCUUCCAGCCCUGAUUGCUCCGCAGAUUCUCGUGAGGUAUCUGGAUGAACGUUGACUCACUGCAGGUGUGAACAUCUUUAUUUCCUUGCUAGGUCAAGGAAAACCCGGAGAAAAGCCUGAUGACACAGCUCUCAAAUUUCACUUCAAUCUCUGCAGCACCUGCUCAUCACUGAAAUUGCUUUCCAUCCUCCAGGUUUACAACUUCAAAGCGUUUUCCACAGGGGCACUGCUUGUCUAUAUUCAAAACACAGUAAAAAAAAAGUGUAUAAUUAUGCCCUCACUCUCAUUAUCUCUGUUUCUCCUGCUGCACAACUGAGAGGUGAGGGAGACCAGAGGGUGAGGAGUUUUUUUUUUUCUUCAAGAUUAGAGAAGGAAAGAGGGAGAGAGGAAAGCAAAGGGGGGAGGGAGAGAUAAACAGAGGCAGUUUAAGGCAGUAAACACGUCCAGUCCAGAAGCUCUCCUCUAAACACUUCAGGCAUAAAUCAGUGCUGUAUUUGUCUGCAGAGACUCUGAAGCAGCCUGGGGACAAACUGGACCAAGCAGGGGACAGUGUGGUUGCCAGCCUGGAGACACUGGAGGAAGUACAACCUGAGAAAAAGCCCUGCAGCUGGUGCAGCAGAUUAUUUGUGAAUAAAAACUUUGAUUUUCCAGCAGAGAAGAAGAAACCAGAGCGAACCACAGCCAUGGCCUCAGCCGUCUCCUGCAGUUUCCCUUGUCUUUGCACCAAAAUGAAACAGCAGUACUCCGGCGGCAGCGGCAGCCUCUUCUUGCAGCAGCAGACCAAAUGCACCUCCAGACCCCACCGGCCUCUCCUCCACCCAAGGACCCUGCUCCUCCUGCCCCUGCUCCUCCUGCUCUUUCUCUCCCUGUGGAGCCAGCAGGCCGAGGCCGUGGUCCACUCCAGCUUCAGACGGCUCAGCGGCCGAGAGAAGAAGGAGAUGCAGAAGGAGAUCCUGUCCAUCUUGGGUCUGCCGGGUCGACCCAGACCCCACCCGCCGCUACGACCGCCCUCCUCCGCGCCGCUCUUCAUGCUGGACCUCUACCACGCCAUGUCAGCUGAUGGGGAGGAUGAGGGGAAUGAAAUUAUCGUAAACGGACCCGUUAUGGGCAGGUCCGGAGGGCCAGAGAGGUCGGCUCAGGUCAACCACGCAGCCCUGCCGACCCUCAGCACGCACACGCCGCCUCUGGGGACGGUGGUCAGCGAGGCCGACACCGUGAUGAGCUUCGUCAACCUGGUGGAGCAGGAGCGCGACCUCCUGCAGCCUCGUCCAUACUGGAAGGAGUUUCGUUUCGACCUGACCCCCCUCCCUCAGGGUGAGACGGUGACAGCAGCGGAGUUUCGUAUCUAUAAGACCCUGACGAUGGGACAGAGGGCAAACCGAACACUGCACAUCUCCGUCUACGAGAUCAAGCGAGAGAACAGACACAGAGAGCCAGAGCUGGUGCUGCUUGACAUGCAGUCGGUGCCUGCUGGACAGGAGGGCUGGCUGGCCUUCGACGUCACCUCCGCCUCCAACCACUGGCUCCUCCAGCCCCGCAGCAACCUGGGCAUACGUCUCUACGUGGAGACUGAGGAAGACCGCUCCCUGUCCGCAGGCUGGAUUGGGUUGGUGGGUCGCAGAGGUCCUCGCUCCAAACAGCCUUUCAUGGUGACUUUCUUCAGGGAGAGCCAGGUCCCGUGUCGGCCGCCCCGGGCCGUCAAGCCUCACCCUCGCAAGAAGAAACCCAAAUACGACCUCCCGGUCCCCAGCAUCCAUAAUCGGAGUCCUGCUAACAACGGAGGUCAGCCCUGUAAAAAACACGAACUCUACGUCAGCUUCAGUGAUCUGGGAUGGAAGGACUGGGUUUUGGCCCCCACUGGAUAUUCAGCCUACUACUGUGAUGGAGAGUGUUUUUACCCUCUGGGCUCCUGCAUGAACGCCACCAACCACGCCCUCAUCCAGCAAGUGGUCCACCUCCUGAAGCCUGAUGAGGUUCCUAAGGCGUGUUGCGCCCCCACCAAGCUCAGCCCCAUCUCCGUCCUCUUCUACGACGACAACAACAACGUCAUCCUCAAAAAGCAUCGUAACAUGGUGGUAAAGACCUGUGGAUGUCUAUGAUAAGUGAUGAGUCCAAAACUAAAAAAUGUACCUGGAUGAUUAUUUUUAUUCCCGCACUGGCAAACAGGUUGGAUGAUAACUGCACAGUAAUCUGAUUUGGAUCAGUGACUUAAGUGUCUUUAAUCAAGUUUUCCAAAUUUAAAGAGUUGAAGGUUCCGAAUCAGAAUUUUUACUCCAAGACUCAAACAUUUUUUUUACUGCAUGUUAAAGACUGUGGGUGUUAAUGUUAAUGUUCAGCUGGUUGAGUCUAUAUCUUUGACUAGAAAUGUUUUAUAAUAACGUAAAAGAUCAGUCAGCUCCAUGCAGGUCAGCAGUGAGCAGCAUAAUUUGAAUGACGAUGUUAGGACAUGUUCUUCGUAAGUACAGUACGUAUUUUUCAAGAGCACAAAUGUUUAAUUUCAUGAACUUUUUAUGCCUGUGUUAUCAGGAACAAACUACACAGACAUCAGCAGAGUAUUUUUACAGACAGGUUUCAGUUAUGAAAAUGGCAAAUGAUAUUGGAUGGCAGGACAUGCCAUUAGUGAUGCCUGUUUUUUUUUUUAAACAAGACAGAAACUGACAGCACUACUGCUGUUGCAACACAAAUCUAUAUGGAGAGACUAUUAAGUUGUAUUCAAUUAAUAAAAAGAUAUUUACAUUA